UUAGCCGAACAAGAACUGAUUAAAGAAAUGAACCUCGUCAGUGAUGUAAGAGCUACACUAAAAAGUACACUCGAGAAAAUUGAAGAACAAAUGCUGAUAAAUAAGGCCGCCAAACAUAGGAUCGAAUACGAUUGGUGCGACAAAACUAUGGCCUAUGAUACCGAGACUAUGAACAUAGGUCUUAAUACUAAAACAAACACUAUACUGUUUAAACCUGGCUCCACUAGAUUCGGAGAGUUUUCAGCACCCUUGGAAUAUUGGGAAUUCUUUUGUAGGGAAAACGUACAGAACAGUGAAGCCGCUAGACAGAAGUCUGCAGACUUGCGAGGCAGUUUAAACGCUAUUUUAGUAAACGGUGGAAGAAAAUUAAGAACUCAAGCUGAUAAGACUGAUAUAAUUUUAGCAGAAACGGUCGCUAUAACUCAAGAAUUAUGCACCAAGUUGGAGGAAACCUUGAGAAAUACCCUUCAAAAGAUCGCAGACAUGGAAUUGUUGAUAGACGAUCUACACAACUCAAUUCGAAAGAUGGACGCCGCUAUGAAGUUGGCACAAACAAGAUUAGACAAUCGUAAUACA